AUGGCACCAAUAUAUUUUCCACUUAGAUGGGAGAGCACAGGGGACCAAUGGUGGUACGUGUCUCCCAUCGAUUGGGCAGCCGCGAACGGUCACUAUGACUUGGUUCGUGAGCUGCUUCGUAUGGACGGAAACCAUUUAAUAAAGUUAACAUCUUUAAGGCGUAUUCGUCGCCUUGAGGUUGUUUGGGAUGAUGAAGAACAGUUUGAUGAUGUGGCAAAAAACCGGUCUUUGGUUGCCCAGAAAUUGUUACUUGAGGGUGAAUGUAAAAGAGGGAAAAAUUCGUUGAUUGGGUCGGGGUAUGGAGGGUGGCUUUUGUAUACUGCAGCUUCUGCUGGUGACUUGCAUUUUGUGCAAGAAUUGUUACAAAAGGAUCCGCUUUUAGUAUUUGGGGAAGGAGAGUAUGGUGUGACAGAUAUAUUGUAUGCGGCUGCUAGGAGUAAAGAGAGUGAGGUUUUUUGGGUUAUAUAUGAUUUUGCACUGUCUCCACGGUUCGUGUGUGGUAAUGGGAGCCGGGUGGAUGAACAUGUUGGGGAGAUUCCGUAUGGUUAUAAGCAGGAAAUGAAGAAUAGAGCGGUUCAUGCGUUGGCUAGAGGUGGUAAUUUGAAGAUAUUGAAGGAGGUACUUCGUGAUUGUUGUGAUGAAAAUGUUUUGGGUUAUAGAGAUGUUCAAUGCUCGACGAUUUUGCACACUGCGGCUGCACGAGGACAGGUUGAGGUUGUCAAAGAUCUCAUUUCAUCUUUUGAAAUAAUAAACUCUACAGACAAACUAGGCAACACGGCUUUGCAUAUAGCAGCUUACAGAGGCCAACUAUCAACAGUUGAAGUGUUGAUCCAAGCAUCCCCUUCUUCUAUACAUACAAGAAACAAUUUAGGAGAGACAUUUUUACACAAAGCGGUAACAGGUUUCCAAACUCCCACUUUCCGAAGACUUGACCGCCAGAUUAUGCUCAUGAAACAACUAGUUUUUUCGAAAACAUUCAAAGUUGAGGAAUGCAUCAACGCUACAGAUAAUGAAGGAAGAACUGCUCUUCAUUUAGCCAUUAAUGGGAACCUACAUAGUGACUUGGUGCAACUACUUAUGAUUGUGGGUUCACUCGAUGUGAACAUUCGUGAUAACAAGGGUAUGGCCCCACUUGAUCUUCUUAAGCAACACCCACAAUCAGCGUCAUCUGAACUACUCUCAAGACAACUGAUCUCAGCUGGGGCGACUCUCGGUAGCCAAGAUUAUACAGCAAGAAGAAUUAUUGCUUCCCAUUUGAAAAUGGGCGGCAAUGGAGGCGGUACUAGUCCUGGAACUUCCUUUAAACAUUCCGAUUCAGAAAUGUUUUUGCACACCGGAGUGAAUAGUACUUCCUCAACUGCCUAUGGUACUCCUGUAUUCAGUAUGCAUUCUCCUGGGCUGAGUCAAGCUGACUCAAGUUCAAACUCUAACAUAGAAUCUAAGAAUACUAAAAAGAGUAAACAGAAAGGCAUGCAACGAUUCCUACGGUGGAUCAGAACGAUUAAAGGAGGAAAUGAAGGUUUGGUUUUGACAAAAAACUUGAACGAAAUCCCGGUUUCACUUAGACAACAAUACUCAAAAUCAUCAUCACUCCCAAGCAAUAAAAGAACACUUGCUGCAAGAAGUAACCUUCCUAGUCCAACUGUUAAGAAGAAACUUGCUUCUGGAUUGGUUAAUGGUGUUAUGCAGGCAAUGCCACAUUCAGACCGAAGAUCACGUUCUAAUUCCUUUUCUAAAUCAUCAUUAUCAUCACAGAAUUCGUUAGAUAACAAACAUACAGGAAUUGAUGUUGUGGGUACAUCAAGCUCUACUCAGAUGUUUGAUGAUGGAAUUAGUGAAGAACAAGGGGUGGUGAACAGCAAGUCAUCGGUGAACCAGUUCCUGUGUUUUGGUGCACAGAGGGUAUCUUAUGAAGGCUCGAGUGCUGGUCAACAGGAGCAUGAGAUCUAUGAUCGUUAUGUUCUGUCGACAACUUAAAAUAGUUUCGUAGCAACUUGAUUAACCUUUUAGUUAGUAGUUUUUUUCUUUUCAGUCUAUGCUUGUUUCAUCUAAAUUUGUGAUGUUUAGUUGUGAAAUGUCUAUGUGCCUGUAAUGCAAAUAAAUGUUUCUUAUUACUAUGUCUUUGAGAUGCAGAAAAUAUGUGCAUUAAUGCUCAA